CAAUAACAGAGACAUUUGUCCUAACAGGACUCCGUACGUACGCGAACAUUCCAGUAGAAAAGAUGGCGGCCGCCUUUGCAAGAAGGGUGUCUGGGCUGCUGAGGCCGCUGUCUAUCUCUCUGUGUGCCAGGACAACACAGCUCUGUCCGCUCUCCAGCCUCAUCCAGCCUGCCCCUCUCUACGGCUCUGCUGCAGCCGCUGUCCGCGCUCCUCUGCGGGCUGCGGUGUGCCUGACGCCCCGCUGCAGCAUCCUUCAACGGGUUUCAGCUCUUAUUCCCAGUCUGACUCAACAGCCAAGCCGAAGUCUGACCUAUGUCAGUCUGAAGAAGGGGAAAAGGAAGUCUGUCAAAUCUGUGACGGAGAGAUUCAUGAGGCUGCACUGUGACCUUUGGAUAAGACGCAAGGCUGGAUACAAAAAGAAACUGUGGAAGAAGAGGCCUGCUCGGCGAAGCCGCCUGAGGGAGCAUGUAUUCUGUAACAAAUCACAAACAAAGCUUUUGGAUAGAAUGACAACCUCGUUUUGGAAAAGGAGGAACUGGUUUGUUGAUGAUCCGUACCUGAAGUACCACGAUCGGGUCAACCUCAAAGUGUAAUGUGCUGAUUCAUGUAGUGACAUCUUCUUUGUGUGUUUUAUUAUAAUGUUAAAUAAGUAAUAAAAUCAUGUGUUAAAUGAUC